AUGGCAAAAUCCGGCCAAUGGAAAACCUUCUCGGAAAGCCGGAAGCUCAACCUUGCUGCGCCGAGAGUUUUUGCAUCGCACCAUCAGGGCUUAAUGGACUACUACGAUCUGGAAUAUAUCGGUGAAGUCACCAUCGGGACGCCACCUCAGACGUUUAACGUUGUUCUUGACACGGGAUCGGCCAAUUUCUGGGUUACGUCCAAUAUUGCUCCAAGCGGCCGAAUUCCAAACACCUACAAUUCCAAUGCCUCAACAACCUAUGUAGCCGAUCCAAAAGCUUGGGAAAUCGAGUACGGCAAGGGGAAGUGCAGUGGUAUCCAGGCGCGCGAUACCAUGGCUUUUGGCACCGGAAAGGAUGAACUGCGAGUAUCGAACACGACGUUCGGGAUGGCCACCUAUCUCUCAGCUGACAUGACCAGUCAAGCGAACUUUGACGGUAUCCUCGGGCUUGGCUUCCAAUCACUUGCUGUUAAUAAUAUUCUACCGCCACUGAUGAACGCGCACGCUCAAGGACUCCUCGACGACCCAGUAUUCACGGUGGUUCUUGGACAUCGUAACAACGACGCGGGCCCUGCCGGGCAGAUCACCUACGGGGCCAUCGACACCGAGUCGUGCACUUCCAACUUUUCCUGGGUCCCACUGAGUCGGGCGGCUUAUUGGCAAUUUACGGUGUCGAAAGCCAGUUUCGGGUCGUUCAGCGGCGGUCCCUACGAGGUCAUCACCGACACGGGCACCUCGUUCAUCGGUGGUCCCGCCGAUGCCAUUACCGCUAUUGUAAAAGCCCUCGGGGCUUAUUAUGACGACCAAUAUGAUAUGUACAUGGUGAGCUGCAACGGCGAUUUUCCGGAUUUCGACCUGACGAUUGGUGGCAAGGUGUACAGCGUGACGCCGAAAAACUAUCUGCUAAACGAUUUUGAUGGCACAACCUGCGCGGCCGCCUUCUUUGCCUUUCAGAGCGAGAGUCCAAACGCUCCAAAAUGGAUCAUUGGCGACCCGUUCAUCCGCCAAUUCUGCCACAUUCACGAUUUUGGCAACAACCGACUCGGGUUGCCCACACAGAAGAAAAAAACGGCCUCAAGUUACUACUUUUUGACGGGUCUCAUUGAUGAAAUAGCGAUCCCCUACGGAAUGCUGAAGGACCAAUACGGGCUGAUGGCGAUCGCCUCCUACCUGCGCCUACCUCGCGAGUCGCCCACCACGAUGUUAGCCCUCGGGAUGAACCUGGCGUCGCUCGGCAUGGAAUUGACAUCACCGGCACCUCAGAAGAACACGCUGUUGCUGCGCCGCUUCGGCGGCCCGUUCGCCAACUUCCCGGCCCGACCUUUCGAGAUCGACGUCGAGACGCCGCCCGCCUACCGAUUCUCCACCAACCUCCUCCACCGGCUCGCCGGCCCGCAGCUGAACAAGCAGCACGAGGACGUCCUCUUCUACCUCUUCUACAACAUGACCGGCGAGGCGUACCAGCUGGCUGCUGCGGCUGAACUUUACGCGCAAAACUGGCGCUAUCACAAGGUGGAAUGCAUCUGGUUGACGCGGAACAAGUUUGCAAACUUUCUCGACCAGACGGGCUCGUCGGAGCGCGGCACGUACACAGUUUUCGACCCGGUCCAUUGGGCAAAGGUACAACGCCCGAUGCACCUCGUCUACAGCGAGCUGGCCGAGCGCCCGAUGGUCGACCCGCAGAUGCUGAAGGAACACGGCUGCUCGGAGCAGCUGAUAAUCGACGCCCAGUCGGUCGUCCUCGCCAACCACCUCCAGCAGCAGCAGCUCGACCCUAAACUGCCU